CGGAACCAUCUAAGGAUAGGUGUAUCUAUAAAGCCCAAUUCAGGUUCUGAAGGUCAUCACCAUAUACACUGCAGAACCAAAUUGACUACAGAGAGUGGAUGAUGAGGAAUAUGGAUCUGGAAAUGGUUGCAGUACUUUUGUUGCUGGCUUUCAGUUUUCAUGGUGAAGCAGGCGUAGGAUCAUCGGGCCUAUCUUUCAAUUUCUACGAUGAAUCUUGCCCACAACUGGAGAAUAUCGUCCGAGCAGGAGUUGGAUCUCUUUUUCUCGCUGAUCCUACCACCCCUGCUGCACUUCUAAGGCUCAUGUUCCAUGACUGCCAAGUUCAGGGCUGUGAUGCCUCCAUCCUUCUUGAUCCAGAUGCUGAAAAAACACACUACUCGGAGAUAACAUCAUCUAAAAAUUUCGGGAUUCGAAAGAGGAACUCUAUCAGCUUAAUAAAAUCAAUUGUGGAAGCUGUUUGCCCCGGACAGGUUUCAUGUGCGGACAUCCUAGUACUUUCUGCACGCGAAGGGGUUGCCCUGUCUGGAGGACCAGGAAUCAGUGUCCCUUUAGGCCGCAGGGAUUCUUCCAACCCUCCAGACUUUAGAUUGGCUGAUACUUUAAUUCCUCCAGCAGAUAUUGGAGUUGAUGGCGUGCUCCAACUUUUCUCAGAAAACGGCAUGACAGUUGAAGAAACCGUUGCCAUUUUAGGGGCACAUACCCUCGGAAUAACCCACUGUUUGAGCCUUGAGAGCCGUACAAAUGCAACGAAUCCAGCAUUUGCAAAUACACUGAAAAUGAGUUGCCGUCUGCCUCUCGGCUUUGUGCAAAACGACCUCACACCACUACUCUUCGACAAUCACUACUUUGUGAAUUCUAUGAGUGGCGGAGGAGUGUUGAGAAUUGACGCAGAAAUGGCUUUGGACUCGCGAACCAGAGCGUUGGUGCACAAGUUUGCUGAUGACGAGGAGGCGUUUUUCCGGGCUUUUUCGUCGGCUUUUGUUAAGCUAUCGUCUUCUAAUGUUCUUACAGGGAAUGAAGGUGUGAUUAGGAGUAACUGUAAGGCAGCGUACUGAGAGGAAUUGAAGAGAUAGAACAUGCAUUAAUUGAAGCAACUCCGAUCCAACGCCACUUAAUAACUUUUCUAAUAAUCAUCUCAUAA